AUGUCUGAAAAACCAGUAUAUCGAAGGAAAUCUGAUAAAAGAGAAGCUAGUUAUGUUGGAGUUUUACCAAUAGAAGAAGAACUUAGCAAAAUUGAAGCUUAUAUGGCAGAUAGUCAAGAAGAAUAUGAGGAGGAAACUGACCUUCUACCUUUCGAUUACAAUCCUUGA